AUGUCUUCUGAAGGAUCUUUGGACGACUCGCUAAUUGAUUCAUGGUACUGGAACGCCAUUGUCCCGCCACCAGUAUAUUUCGAGGAUUACACCGUUCUCAAACGUCUCCACCAAACGCCAAAUAGCAAAGUCUUCCUCGUCACCGAAACGGAGACUGAUGAUCGCUAUAUUUUGAAAGUUGUUGACAAGGCGGCUUGCUCAGAAACUCAAUUAUCUCGGGCACUCGACGAACAAUGGGUCCUUGGGAGGGUGUGCACCAAUGUUCAAUUCACAAGUUUGGUUCGCAGCUGGCAUGACAGGAAACACUUCUAUUUCGUACUAGUAUACUAUCCCAGAACCCUUGCUGACACGCUUUGUGGACCCGCCUUUGACGUUUGUCGCCCUCGUGUUUACGCUAUUGGAAUAUUUUCCGCUCUCCAAGUCCUUCACGAGCAUCAUGUUAUACAUCGCGAUCUGACUUCAUUCAAUGUGUUUCUACGUGAAGACGGCCAAGUCGUCCUUGGUGGUCUAGCACGCUGCAAGAUCUUCAGCAAGGAUUCCAAGGGAGACGAGCCGGUCGAAGGGUCCUUUUUGACGAUGGACGAGGAACCUCUCUCUGCCUCUGACAUGGUGGAAUACAUGUCCCCCGAGCGACUUGCUGGAGAGGCUUACUCUUUUGAAUCUGAUCUAUGGAGUGUCGGCGUGAUUCUAUACAGGAUGGUGGUAGGACAGCUCCCGUUUAGAGGCAAUACGAUCGACGAAGUGAGAAAGAGCAUCUCGGAAGACGAGCUUGUCUUCCCCGAAGAAAAAGACAUCGACCGAGCUACAGAGGAUUUUAUCCGCCGUCUCCUCUGCCCUGACAUUUCGCAACGCAUGACAGAGAUUGACACGAUCAAAUGGCACCCAUAUUUUAGGUUCACAGAUUGGGACUCCAUCGCGAAACGAAAAACAAUCAGUCCAUGGAGGCCGUGGGUGUCAUCAUACCCUGUCCUACGCCACCCUCAAUCCUUUAUUGAGAUCACCCCCGGCGAUUCAUACGACGAGGGCGAGGACCCAUAUCCUGACUUUACUUGUGACAAUACCGGCCCACUUCAUCCAAGCACCGAGUCGUUAUACCCGGAGGUUUAUCGCAACAUGCCAUCGACCUUCUAUGGACCUCUAUGCGCUUCUCCUCGCAGUAUCUCUAGCGCCGGUUUUAGUGCCUUUACUUCUCAGCAAAUGGUAGAGUGUUAA